AUGGUGUCGAUAUCAGCACCCCACCCUCCCUCCACCCCACCUUCCCUGUCCCAAGCGGAUCCCUCCUACCCGCUCUCCCACCUCUACCACCGAGUCCGCCGCGACACCGACACCGACACCAACACCAACACCAACGCGGACCCCGACACAAACCCGAUGAAGCUCCCCAUCGUCCCGUCUCUGAUGCUCGGCGGCCUGCCGCUCGGGUUCGUGCCGUCCAACUACGGCGCGAGCUCGAUGUCGCAGCUCAACACGCUGCUGGGACCGGCGGCGGGCAAGGCGGCCACGUACGGGUGGUACGCGCAGACCUACCCGGACCAGCCGUUCAACGGCAACCAGCUGCUGUGGCAGAUGAACGACAUUGUGCAGUCUGGCGCCAUCCUCGAGGCGGCCGUGAUGCCCGUCGGGGGCUGGGCGGGGCUGACGGCGCAGGACAACUCGCGCGCCGUCGAGAUCUGCAACGUCAUGAAGCGCUUCACCGACUCGGGCGUCGAGGUGCGGCUGCGCUUCGGCCACGAGGUCAACUGGUACGUCCAGGAGGGGCGGUACGAGGGCGGCGCCGACCAGGGCGUGGGGGCGUACAAGGAGGCGUUUGCGACGGUGGCCAAGGCGUGCCGCGCGGCGGCUCCCAAGGUCAAGAUGUGGUACUCGCCCUCGUGGGCCGACCUGGCCACGUAUGACCGGUACGCGCCCGACCUGCAGUACGUGGACCUGGUCGGGCUCGACUUCUACCCGGACAAGCUGGCCAAUGCCAAUGUCGAGUUUUUCAUCUCGCAGUUCAAGCCCUUCCACGACAAGUACACGUCUGGGGGCCGGAUCAAGUUUGCGAUUGGCGAGACGGGCCUGCACCUCGACGCCAACCUGGAUGCGCACCUGGCGUGGCUGCAGAUGGUGUGCUCCAACGAGGUGCGGCGGGCGCUGCCCAACCUGCUGAGCGUCACCUACUUCAACGUGAUGCAGACGGCCGAGCAGAACGACUACCGCAUCCUCCAGCUCGACGGCAACGCCACGACGCCGGCCAAUGCCCAGACGCUCGGGGUGCUGCGCGACGCCAAACGGCGCACCUCGCUCGCGGCGCCGCGCGGCCUGCCAAAGGGCAGCGCCAGCGACGCAAAGAGGCACUUUACCAGCUCGUCGACGAGCAAAAAGGCAAAGGUGGUGGCGUAG